GAAGAAGAACGAACAGUUUAUGGAUCUUGUUGUUGUCGAUGUGCGCUCUGAAUAAGAUAUGUGCCAACAAGCUAGCUAAUUUUGCUAUACAUCAUCAAUUGAGUCUGUCACUGUCAGUCAGAUCUAGCUAGUCGAUCACAGUUGAUCUGUGUUGCAGCUUUUGAAGAUAGUUAGUUAGCUCUGUACUUUUCGUUCGACGUCUCAAAGAUGAACUUCUAAGUCGGAGACUAAUCAGACGGUAGAAAAUGGCCGGUUAGCAUUGUAAACAACAACAACAGCAGUGAAGAACCAGCCAAACAUCACAUCAUCAUGGAGGAUGAGGAAGAUCUCGAGGUACUUGGUGAACAGCUGUAUGAUUUAAUUUACCCCAAAUACGCCGAGAUCGCCGGGAAACUCACAGGCAUGUUGCUGGAGCUACCUGGUCCUGUCCUGACUCAGAUGCAGCAGGAUGAAGCUAUGCUGACAGAGGCCCUUGAGAAAGCCCUCAGAGCUCUGCAACUACCUCAGGGCCCAAGCAAUACGGGGAUGUCAAAGGAGGAAGAUGAAGCAUCUGCCUCUUCUGACUCGCUUGGGGAACAGCUGUUUGAGCUAGUGGACUUCUGCAACACUGGCCACACACAGAAAAUCACUGGCAUGCUACUGGAGCAGCAUAAAGAAGCGGUGCUGCAUCUCCUCUCAGAACCCUCACUACUGGAGGAGCAGGUGAACCUGGCCUUGAAGACACUGCAGGAGCUGGGUGUGGAAGAGACAGAUGUGAGUGACUCAUCAGAUGCCGAUGACACUGAGAGGCUGGAAGAGAGGCUGUUUCUACUGGUGCAGGAGAUGAACGCAGCGCACUCAAAUGACAUUACAGGCAUGCUUCUGGAGAUGGACCCUGCAGCUCUCAGACAGAUGCUGAGCGACCGCACCAUGUUGGAGGGAGCCGUUCAAAAAGCACAAGCAGCGCUGGAAAGCCUUUGGAUCCAAGAGGACAAAGAAAUCACCAAAUCCAAAUGAAGUUGGCCAAAAUACUGUGACAUUUCAGCUGAAGAACACUACUUUAUGAACACAAGCAGAGUUAUGUGCCACUAACCCACAGGAUCAUAGAUUGCCAUGAAGGGAUGUAUGUAUACUGCUGCACUGUAAGCGGUGAUUCCAGACUUCUGCCAUUUCUCAUUGCAGAUAUUUUUCCCACUCUGACUCCCAACACUUGUCAGUGACGUGUUUCGGAGUGCAAUGCACUUUAGUUAAGCCACACUCAUGAUUGGACAGGAAGGGGAAAAUGAGCCAGUGAAGUGUGCUGCGAUGCCCUCACACGCUUGCUAAAAAUUAAACCAGGCACCCUACACUCCUGGAAAUGCAAAUGCUUCUUUAGACUGCAGACUUCAGGAGUGGAGAAUGGGACAGGCCUGUAUUCUUUUUGCUUCCAAUUUGACCACUGUCUGGGUUGAUUAACAACUCGGGCAAGUAGAAAAAUCCAAUGAGGGAUAGGUAGUGCUGGUCCAAAAUACUUUUAUCCCGCAGAAGGGAACUACAUCUGUAGUGCGACAGUGAUGCCAACAGUCUUGAUAUUGCACACAUUUUAGGUCCACUGGUUUGUAAUUCACUCAAUAAUAAAAAUGAAUUCAGUAACAUUACACAAAGAUGAAUAUAAUAUUCCAUAUUCAGACAAUUUUAGCCAACUGUUGUGAUGUACUGCAAUAAUGUGUGAAUAGGAAAUGUAUUUUGAUAUGUAGAUAAAUAUGACACUCCAUGAUGAAACUUGGAUACUAAUCAGAAUAGAACGCACCCUUCACUAGACAUACAACAAAAUGAAACAUACUUUCUUUCAAAGUGCUAAAGAGCGCAAAAAUAUCUUUAUUACCAUUUUUGUCAAGAAUUUUACAGGGUUGAAUUCUAAAACAGGAAAAACAAACAGCUUUUCUCAGACAAAGGGGAGCUUUGGAAAAAACUAAAUUGGGUGUUCAACACAGAAACAAAGUCAAGAACACAAAAGGGGAAGCAAGGCAUUUUGGAAAAAAAAAAAAAAAAAAAAGAGGGCAUUUUGAGUAAAAUUUGCUCUCGUUUCACAGAUUAAUUAAUGAUGGGCUAGUUCAUCUGCAGAAGCAGCUGAUACAAAUGUGAAUCCAGGUAUUAUAUCAUCUAUUAAUGACAUUUCAAAGCUAAAUCAGCGAAAAAAAGUUGCUCUCCACACUUUUGCUCAUGACUUCAGCUCAUAAAUACAAUCGAUCAUAAAUAUUUGGAUAGAUUAAUGACAUUUAAAAAUUGUUGUCUCAAAUGACACCAUGACUAUUCCCAAUAAAGUACACUACUUUUGACCCAAGCCACCUAGUUGUGCACUAUAUAGGAAAUAGGGUGUCAUCUGAGACUUGACCGAUGUAUAGUCCUGGGGCCUCAUUUAUAACUGUUGUGCAAAUUUCACACAUUUCUGCAUGAGCCAUUUCUGAAAAGUCAGUGCAAGUACAAAAAUAUUUAGAUUUAUAAAUUUGGUGCACACCCUAUAUACCCAUGUUUGUUUCCUGUUAUAAAUCGGACCGGUUGUAAAACUGUACGCGCAUUAAAACUCAGCCUGGAAAACCCCUCCAUUCACCUUUUAUGGUGACAAUAACGCACUUUAUUUGCUGUAUAAUUUGGAAUUAGGCCAUGGCAGUAUCUAAAAUAGCAAUUGCAAUUUUGAUCACAUUUCUGUGGGCAGAAUGUUUUGCAGUUACUUUCAAACUAAACAUGCAUGGUGCCUAUAGCAAGUGCCUGAUGUCUGCGCAUUCUGCAAGAUUGAUUGUAGCCUAUAAUUUAAAAGUAGGCUAAACGUUACACUUCAGUGCAAAAUACAAAUUGUUCAAUAUUUUGUUUAUCAAUAGAUAGAAACAAUGUCCUGCCUUUAGUAUAGGCUCUGAUUAAAUUGACAAUGUCGUGCUUCUAUCGCACAGCAAUACAAUAUCCUACCCAUACUCUCAAAUAUUUUACAUAAACUACCGGUCUAUUUACUGUGUUGGCAGAAUGUUCUAAUACAGUUUCUGAAAGAGAAAACAAAGGCAAAUUGUGUUUGAAUUCAACAAUGUUUUGCAUCGACUUUUCACCUAAAUAUGAUGGGACUGGCCGUGAAUUCUGAAACAUUGUCUAAGGCAGGCUACCAAUUUAUUUUUAUUACAGUAGGCCUACUUAAAUGUAAAAUAAACUGUUCACCUUUUAAAUUAGACUGUAGGCUAUAUUAUAAACCGAACUGCCUAUGGGAUUGCAAAUCUUGAAAUACAUAGCCUAUCUAUUUACUAGGCUCCUAGGUCCAAUUAAAUGAAAGAUGCACAUGCUAAUUUGUUGUAUGGCUUCUUUGAGAAUAUGAACCUGUCACGGCUAGAAAAGGUGAGGAAUUUAUUCUGCAAUGGUUAUGAAAAUAGAUUCAAAUGUCUAAUUAUUUUAGAGUAAAUAAAGAUUUUCGAUCUUCUCACUAA